AUGAUUGACUCACCAAAGAACAUAUCAGAAUGCUCCCACUAUGCUUUGGAAUAUAUGGAAUUAAGGGAUUGUUUAAGUGGUAGAAUUCCAGAAACACUUGGAAGACUGGGGAAUUUAAGACACCUUGAUCUAUCGCAGAACGGACUGACUGGUUCAAUCCCUGAAUCUGUAACAGGAUUAAGAUUUUUACAAGUAGUAUAUCUAUAUGAAAACCAGUUGACUGGUCCCAUUCCAGAAUUCCUUGGGAACCUUACCCAACUUGACCUUUCUUCUAACCAAUUGAAUGGUUCGAUUCCAGAAUCCCUUGGAAAAUUAGCAGCUUUAACAGAUUUGAGUGUGGAAUCUAAUUUGUUAAAUGGGACCAUUCCAGUUUCAGUUGGGAAACUUGCCAAACUUCAUUCUCUUCUUAUCUCUAACAAUUCUUUAGAAGGAACAGUUAUUGAAGCUCAUUUUGCUAACCUUUCGAUGUUGAAGUACUUGGAUACUUCUUUUAACACUAAGUUGACAUUCAAUGUUUCAAGUGGGUGGAUGCCUCCAUUCCAGUUGAUAGUUCUUUAUCUCAGUUCCUGCAAUAUCAGUAGUGGAUUCCCACAGUGGCUUCGAAAUCAAAGGAAAGUUAAGGAGUUAGUGUUGUCCAAUGCUAAAAUUUCGGGACCACUGCCCACAUGGUUUCGAAAGAUGCCCAUCAUUCCUUGGUUAGAUCUCUCUCACAAAAAACUCAGCGGACCUUUGACAAAUCUUCCCGAUGGGGGAAAUGAUGAAGUGUUUUUAUUUGAGUCUGACCCUACAAUAUUUCUACAAUAUAAUACUUUCAGUGGGUCGAUUCCAAGGUCACUGUGCAGAAGAACAUAUUUACGAGUACUUCAACUUUCGAAAAAUAUGUUAAGUGGGAAAAUUCCCAAGUGUGUGGGGAAUCUGCAGGCUUUGAGUACCAUGAGAUUAAGCUCAAAUCGGCUCUCUGGUGUCAUUCCAAGCUCCAUAGGUCUUAGUUCAUCAUUAUCUUGGUUAAGUUUGAACGACAAUAACUUUAUUGGUGAACUUCCACGAGAAAUGGUGAAUCUACAAGGGUUACAAGUCUUAGAUUUGGGUGAUAACAAGUUUUCUGGAAAAAUACCAAAAUGGAUUGGAGAAAAACUUAUAGCUUUGGUAGUUUUGAGGUUACACAAAAACAACUUCACCGGUAGAAUCCCUCGAUCUCUUUGCAAAAAUUCAAAUCUUCAAAUCUUGGAUCUUGCAUAUAAUAACUUAACGGGGACCAUCCCUCGUUGUGUAGGAAAGUUAAACGGCAUGAUUGAGAGUCACAUUCUCUCAAGAAUUACGUAUCCUUUCAGUAUGAAUGAUGAUAAGAAUGUGAUUCAGGUCAUGAAAGGUGUUGAUCUUGAAUAUACAACAAUCUGGGUUAUAGUUUAUAACAUGGACCUUUCAAGCAAUAAACUUGUGGGGGAAAUACCGGUCGAGCUAACUACACUUUCUAUGCUGGUGGGUCUGAAUUUGUCUAAUAAUCAUCUCAGUGGGGGUAUUCCAAUGAGCAUUGGAAACAUGAUGAAUUUAGAAACUCUUGAUUUCUCAAAAAACGAGUUGGGCGGAAGGAUCCCUUCAAGCAUGGCAGCUUUGAACUUUUUGAGCCAUUUGAAUCUGUCACACAACAACUUGUCGGGACAAAUUCCAACAGGAAACCAAUUGCAGACACUUACUGAUCCAUCAAUAUAUGCUGGGAACAAAUAUCUAUGUGGACCUCCAUUGUCAAAUAGUUGCUCAAAUCAUCAAGAUCCAACAACGCCCAAGAAGAUAAACGAAGCAAGUGAUGAGCAGACCAUGAUAUGGUUGUUUUAUGUGGGCAUAAUUUGUGGUUUUGCAACAGGUCGUGGUAAGAGUUGCCAAGAUGAAGAGAGGAAGAGAAGCUGCAUAGAUCCUCCGGAAUAUAUGUUAUCAAUGAUUGUUUUGCUUUUUAGUUUUUCAUGUAAAGAAGGAUGCUUGGAUGAAAGGAAUGAGGUGAUCUUCAACACCAAUACUAAGGUCAAGAGUCUGUUAGCUUUAGCCUAUGAUGUCAAGGCUUUGGCCUUUGUAUGGAUUAGGAGUAGAGCGAAAUGGGGUAGGAAUUUGAUUUGGAACUUUUGGGUUGAAAACCCAUUGUAUUGUACCAUGUAA